CAAUUUAUCGGCGCUUCGUUCAACCCGGGGUUAGUCAUUGGUCGUGCAGCGCAGGACGGCGGCGUCUCGGCGAUUAUGUGUUGUAUUGGACCAAGAGCUCGGGUAUCGUUUUUGUCUUUUCCAAAAAAAAAAACAGAUUUAGCUUCGCCUCGGCUUGACAACGGAGCGGGGAUUUAUACUCGGAAGUCGAGAUGAUUGAGGUGGUGGCCUCCAUGGCCCGAGGCCCUGUCUUCCUGGCCGGGGAGGUUAUGGAGUGUCUCAUAACCUUCACGAACCCCAUGUCCCACCUCUCUACCUCUGCAACUAGUGAGAUGCUGGCGUGGGCAAGUGCCCAGAUCCACUGCCAGUUUCAUGCCAGUGAGAGCAGAGUGGCCCUGCCAGUCCAGGGCAACAAGCAAGACAUCCAGGCUGAGAGUGACACGGUCCUUAUCCCAAGCAGAGGAGAACGAGGCCAGUGCAUGCUCGACACGCCACCCAAGAUACUGUUCUGUGACCUUCGCCUGGAUCCUGGAGAAAGCAAAACCUAUUCAUAUAGUGAGACCGUGCCUGUAGAUGGCCCACCUAGCUUCCGUGGUCAGGCAGUCAAGUAUGUCUAUAAGCUCACAAUCGGCUGCCAGAGGGUCAACUCCCCCAUCAAACUACUAAGAGUUCCCUUCAGAGUGCUGGUCCUGCAGGGCAUGCUGGAGCAGCCAUUUCCCCAGGACGAAGAGGUCUCCCCCUCCAACCCUUUCCUGGAGGAAGAGGAGGGGAACCGAAGGGAUACCAGGCCCCUGGAGAGAGCUCUGGACAUGUUGAUGGCCACCACCUCCAGGCGCUGCCCUCAUAUGUUCAACAUCACCAACAUGCGGGGGAAAGUCGCAAAGUUCUGCAUUUUUAAGAUUGUGUACAGGCUAGGGGAGGACAUCAUUGGCACUUUUAACUUCUCAGAAGGCGAAAUUCCCUGCCUACAGUACUCCGUGAGCCUCCAGAGCGAAGAGGAGAUCCAGCAGCCAUACCAGCGGCGUCCCGGCCAGGCAGUCAGCGUGACGGGACACGGCCGGCACAUGGAGUCCUGCCUCCACACGGCCUCCAGCCACUUCUCCCUCCCUAUACCCCUCAACGUCACGCCGGGGUUCAGCACAGACAUAGUUUCUCUGAGAUGGCGCCUGCACUUUGAGUUUGUCACUACCCGGGAGCCCAUGGAGCCGCCCGUCGUACUGCAGACCCACUCAGAGGUUACGGUUUGGACAGGGGCAGAGCAUGUUGAUGUUGAUACCUUCAGCUGGGACCUGCCAAUCAAAGUCCUGCCCACCAAUCCAGCCUUGGCAUCCUACGUGUCCCAGUUUACAGGGACCAACAGCAUCAGCAUUUGACGGCCUGUUGAGGAAACGUCAUGUUUCUGAACUUAUGCAUAGAUGUAUGUGUUUGCCCUGACGUGUGUGUGUGUGUGUGUGUGUGUGUGUGUGUGUGUGUGUGUGUG